AUGGAUCAGUCCAUAUACAGCUCCGUGUCAGCUGGCCUUGAACCGAGAUCGGCAGAUGUUCGAGGAGAGGAUGAAGAUGUGCAGGAAGUUGGUCAUGGAGAGCAGCGAGUUCGGGAGGUGGAUCCGCGAGCUGAUCGUGAAGUUGAAAGCGAUCCGUUCUCUGAAGCCACCACCUUCAGAAGCGAUCAGGUCCACCCCCUUGGCUCGUGGUUUUCUGUGUUCCGAUCGGAUUCGAGUAGUCCGGCGCCGUCCACCAGCACCAACGAGGAGGUCGAAGAGCGGAGCUUCAGAGCUCCAUCGGUCGAUUCGCUCUUCGUGGAGUUCGACGACAGAGAGCUUGCUGCUCGCGAGCGCGAGGGAAGUGGUGAAGUUGUUGCCGAGCCGGAAGCGGAGCCCCUGGAGUCGUCGGAGCCUCGUCACCAGAAGAGGCCAUCGGAUCAGCGCCCAUCCGACGACGUCAUCGCUUCGAAGAAGGCCCGCACCCUUCAUCAUUUCUCGGUGGUGAAUAUCACUGUCCACCUCCCGGAGAACGACAGCCAUCCGGAACUCCUCCAUCUUCUCGCUGAAAUUGGAAAAAAAAGGAAUUUAAAGUGGUCCAGCAGGAGUCCAUCCAUUGAAUCCCUCCUCGAGCACUUGAGCAAUCGCAAUGAGAUUACGGUCAGUGUAUUGAUUGCCGAUGACCUGUACGCCGAGUGGAAGCCCACGGGAAUCGAGUCCCAGCGGACAUUGGACAACGGGGACGGAGAGCACAUUCCAGAGAGCUGUGUAGCAGAAGUUGAACGGAGCAAGGAUGGGCUCAUUGUGAUACAUGGCUGUGCAUGGCCAACUUGGGAAGAGCAGGAUACCGUCGGUGCCGAGUAG